GUCCUCGGAAGGCAAACCCGCCCGAGUCUCGUCGGCGCCUCGCAGUUUCGCUUUUGGGCGGGAAGAAACCCUCGAUUCAACCGCGAUUGCUUUUGAUUUUGCCUCAAUUCGUUCUCUCUCAUGAUUCGUGCGUCUUUGAUCGAGCCGAAGGAAUUCAGGCAGGGUUUUGCUGGAUCUUCUCAUCGUUUCCGCGUUUUCUCGUGCGUUAAUUUUCACCGAGUUGGUGUUUUCCUGGAUUUUCCUUUCUCUUUCCGUGGACUCCAGGGUUUCUUUCCGUGCGAAUUGAGAGGACUACCGCUUGGGGGACGAGGUAUUCCUAAUUUGGACGUGUCUUUUCGCUUCCUUCAAGUCGUCGGUUGAUUUGCGAAGCGCUGGGAUUUUGAUUGUUAGUUUUCAGAUGGGAGGUACCUUGGAAUUCUGUGUCCAUAGAACGUAUUGAGGAUGGGUGCAUUGACAGAUGGUAGGAAGAGAGUCCUUGAAGCUUCUUUAGUUUUGUGCGGUGGAAAAUGGGAAAAUGAGUUCUGCCCGUACGGUUCGGAGAUAGAAAUCCUGGAUCGUUUUAUGCCUGCGAAGAAGCAAAAAAUUCAAACCCUGCAGCUUGUAUCAGAGCCUGUUCGGGCAGCUCAGGCAUUGCAACCAUCAGUUGUUACCAAUACGGCUGUGUCCAGACUAGCUAAAUUGCCACCACCGCCUCCAUUGCCCCGAGAGGUUCAGGGUCCGCAAAGAUUGUUGAAAUACAUGGGUCAAGCAAAUUCAUCUACUAGCACCACAAAAACAGGUAAAGGGUCGACCAGAGAUGACGAAGGGGUCACGAAUUCGACUUCCAAUGCAACCUCUGGUAACAUGAAUCGGGAAAGUUGGUUACUCAAAUACAAGAGAGAUGCACUUGAUUUCAUAAGUUCAUCUAGAAAAGACAAAGCUAUUAUUUAUGAGUCUGGUCAAUGUUCGAAAAGUACAAUUGAUAGAUUAAACGAGAUGCCUUCUCCUCCCUCAGCUAUGGAAACUCCACUCUCAGCUACUGAAGCUCCAGUUUCAGCUGCUGAGGCUUUGGACGUUGAAGAAUAUAGAAGAAUGGUUGAAGAUCGUGUAGGUGAGUCAAGUCAUAGACUGUCUGACGUCAUGGUUAGUGUCCGGUCCCCCAGGGUGGAGGAGUUCUCUGACACCAUUGUUGGUACACCUCAGAAGUCACUUGUCACCUCUUUGGUGGACCUGGAGGACUAUUCUCAACCUUCUCCUCUGAAAGUCCAGAUUGGUGAGGCUGAAGAUGCAAAGACUCCAGCAGCAAGCAGUAGUAUUCAUGAGCAGAGAUGGAAGAGACCAGCAUACAAGGAGUUGCAAGAAUCUAUAGCUAAAAAUCGGGAGACAUCACUUCGCAGUCUUGGUGAUCAAAUCAAAGUAACUGAAGCGAAGUUUGCUGCUCUGGGCUUCAUCAGGAAACAGACAAAACCUGCGAAGAAGGAUGAAUUUCACAAACCUUUUGCUCCUCUGACGGAAGAGGAAGAAGUGGAGGUUUCAGUUGCUUUGACUGGUACCAACAGGCGUGAAUGCUUGGUCUUCCAUGAAAGGUCCAAUAUUGAAAUCACUAGGAACAUCUUACAAUGCCUUUUACCUGGUGCAUGGUUGAAUGACGAGGUCAUUAAUUUAUACCUUGAGUUAUUGAAAGAAAGAGAGAUCAGAAAUCCGAAGCAGUUCUUGCGAUGCCAUUUUUUCAAUACUUUUUUUUAUAAGAAGCUUAUUGGUGGGAAUGGUUAUGAUUUCAAAGCGGUCAGAAGGUGGACUACCCAGAAGAAGAUAGGGUACGCCCUUAUUGAGUGUGACAAAAUCUUUGUCCCCAUACACAAAGAGAUACAUUGGUGUCUUGCCGUGAUAAAUGUAAGAGAAAAGAAAUUUCAGUAUCUUGAUUCACUUGGAGGCAGGGAUUCCCAGGUUCUGAAAGUAUUGGCCAGGUACCUUUCGGACGAAGUUAAGGAUAAGACUGAUAAGGUCAUGGACUUUACAUCAUGGGAGAAGGAAUUUGUGGUUGACCUACCUGAACAGCAGAACGGAUGGGACUGUGGCGUGUUCAUGAUCAAGUAUGCUGAUUUCUAUAGCCGAGGCCUCGAGCUCUCUUUCAGCCAGGAGGACAUGCCCUAUUUCAGGAGGAGAACGGCCAAGGAGAUUCUUUAUCUGAGAGCAGAUUGAUUCUUGUAUUAAUUUUGUUAAUCUUACCUAUCCGAUGCCCAGAAGGAAGAUCGCUUCUAUAUGAAUAUCAGAGCUGUUUCGAUGGGAUUUGAUUGAUCAACGGUUGUCAGAUGGGUAUAGCAGGUGAAUUGUGGUUGCUGACGAAUAGGGAUCAUGCAAGUUAUGUACAUUAGUUGCUGCUGGAUGAGCUCGCUCAGCUGCUAGUUUUUCUUUCGUAGUUUUUUAUGUGAUGGAGAUCGUUUCAAGCUCCAGCAGAUUGUUUUGUAAUGCGAUGUUGGAUAUUGAAGUCAAAUCUUCAGCAUCGGUGAGAGGUCAUGGAAUGCCUAUGUGUUUGAGCUACUCUUGUUUUUUUAUUGUACUUCAGCUUGUGCACGGCAGAAAUUUUCCCCAAGGGAAAUGGCAAUUUUUUCUUA